AUGGAAGGAAUAAAUAAAACUGAAAAGAUACAGUUCUUCUUUCGUCCGUUCUCAACUGACCCUAAGGUACAGAUGGUGAUUUUCGUGGCCUUCCUGGUGAUGUACCUGACCAGUCUCGGUGGAAAUGCCACAAUUGCAGUCAUUGUCCAGACCAACCACUCCCUCCACACCCCCAUGUACUUUUUCCUGGCUAACCUGGCAGUUCUAGAAAUCUUCUAUACAUCUUCCAUUGCCCCACUGGCCUUAGCAAACCUUAUCUCAAUGGGGAAAACUCCUGUUUCCAUCACUGGAUGUGGCACCCAGAUGUUUUUCUUUGUCUUCUUGGGUGGGGCUGAUUGUGUCUUGCUCGCAGUCAUGGCCUAUGACCGGUUUGUAGCCAUCUGCUACCCUCUGAGAUACACCCUUCUCAUGAGCUGGCCUUUGUGUGUAGAGCUGGUGGUAGGGUCCCUGGUGCUGGGUUUCCUGCUGUCCCUGACACUAACCGCGUUAAUCUUCCAUCUCCCAUUCUGCAAUAACAACGAGAUCUACCACUUCUACUGUGACAUGCCCGCAGUUAUGCGCCUGGCUUGUGCAGACACACACGUCCAUGAGACUGCCCUGUACAUCAUCAGCUUCAUUGUCCUGAGCAUCCCCCUGUCGCUCAUCUCCAUCUCCUACAUCUUCAUCGUGGCAGCCAUCUUGCGGAUCCGCUCAGCAGAAGGGCGCCAUCGAGCCUUCUCCACCUGCUCCUCCCACAUUGUGGUGGUCCUCCUUCAGUAUGGCUGCACCAGCUUUAUAUACUUGUCCCCCCAUUCUAGCUACUCUCCUGAGAUGGGCCGGGUGGUCUCUGUGGUCUACACUUUUAUCACCCCCAUCUUAAACCCCUUGAUCUAUAGUAUGAGGAAUAAGGAACUGAAGGAUGCCCUAAGGAAGGCACUGAAAAAAUUCUAG